AUGAACCAGCAUUCUAGCUUCCGCCAUGGGAGUAGGCGACGUCGACUAGCAACAUGUGCGACAUUGCCAGUGGUAGCGCCUACUGUUUCCGUCGAAGGGGACGAUGCAGUUAGCUCAAAUGGCCCUUUGCCAAUGCAACAACGGUCGCGCGACGGAAGCCGGACGAGGCCAGAUUCUAAUGGCGUCCGUGGAGGGCACAUUGUUGCUGGCACAUUCAUGUCGUUAUUCUACUUUCUACUAAGGCACCAGGAGUUUCUUGAUAGACUUAGGUUUGAGAUAGACACUGCAUUUGGUGUUGGAUCGCUGUCAGACAUACCCCGAUGGAGAGAAUUAAAUAGGUUGUCCUACCUUGAUGCCGUUCUGAAAGAGACGAUGCGACUGUCAGUGAACUUUGAAGAGGAGAUCAAGGCACCAGUAGAUGGUGUUAUUGUUGAUGGUUACCCAGUUUGCAAGAACACAACCCUAAUGUGGAACUCCCAUGUUCUACACUUCGACAGUGAGACGUUUGGGAAUGAUGUUCACUCAUUUCAACCUGAGCGAUGGCUUUUGGCAGAUGCACAACAGCGAAGCCGAAUGGAGCAGGGAUUGAUAUCCUUCAACCGCUGCGUGCGCGACCAUCCAGAAGCCCAGGUGGCCUGGCUGGAAUUGAAGAAAGUUGUCGUAUUGAUACUUAUGAAAUUUAAUACGCAGCUUCUUCAUGCCGCAGAGCCUAGCAUUGACGCCGACGACAAUUUUGCUCCGCCGUCGCUUAUGGUUGGAUUCACCCCAAGGGUUCCUAGAUAUUGA